AUGCAGAUUCCGGCAGCGGUUGCGCCGCCUUCCUCCGUCGUCCACCACCAGUUAUCUCUCUUCAGCUCCUCGGAAACCAUAAAAGAAGCCAAGCAGCUACACUGUCUAUCUCUCAAAACCGCAACUUUCAAUCUCUCUUCCGUCUCUUCCCGCCUUCUCUCACUCUACACAUCCUCACCAAUCAACGACCUACUCUACGCUCGAUCCGUUUUCGACACCAUCCAAAGCCCUUCUCUUCCCUUAUGGAACAUGAUGAUCAAAUGCUACGUCGAAAACCACCGCUCCCACGACGCAAUCCGUUUAUUCUCCGAUCUCCUCAGCGAAUUCUCGCCGGAUAACUUCACAUUACCCUGCGUCUUCAAGGGCUGUUCUCGUUUGUGCGCGGUUAAAGAAGGAGAACAAAUCCAUGGAGUUUCGAUAAAGCUCGGUUUCGCGUUAGAUAAGUUCGUCCAGAGCAGUUUAGUGAGCUUGUACAGCAAAAGCGGCUUGCUUGAUCGUGCACGCAAAGUGUUCGAUAAAAUGAGUGAUAGAGAUUUAGUCACAUGGAACUCUUUGAUCGAUGGCUACGCUCGUAGCGGAGAUGUCGAAAACGCAGAGAAGAUGUUCGACGAAAUUCCCGAGAGAGAUUCGUACUCUUGGACUUCGCUGCUUCACGGGUUUUCGAAAUCUGGGAAACUCGAAGCUGCGAGAGACGUGUUCGAGAAGAUGCCAACGAAGAACUUGGUUUCGUGGAACGCGAUGAUCAACGGUUACAUGAGAGCAGGAGAUUUCGAAUCAGCUUGUGAACUGUUUAAGAACAUGCCUGAGAGAAAUCUGAUUACUUGGAACUCUGUUAUGGCAGGAUUUGAGGUAAACGGUAGAUUUGAUGAAGCUUUGGGUAUGUUUUUAAGAAUGUUAAAGGAAGAAGAUGGCUUCAAGCCUAACAAUGCUACUUUCACAAGUUUAAUCUCUGCGGUGGCUGCUUCUGCUAUUUUGAGUAGAGCGAGAUGGAUUCAUGGUUAUAUGGUCAAGAACGGGAUUGGAACAGACGGUGUGAUUGGGACUUUGCUGAUAGAAAUGUACUCAAAAUGUGGAAGCAUCGAGAGUGCGACGUCGGUUUUUGAAUCAAUACGUAGAAAGAAGUUAGGUCAUUGGAACUCGGUUAUCGUCGGGCUUGGGAUGCACGGGAAGGCGGAUGAAGCGUUGGAGCUGUUCAAGGAGAUGGUAGAGAGCGGUGUAAAGCCUAACGCCGUGGCCUUUGUUGGGUUGUUGAACGCUUGUAGCCACGUUGGAUAUGUGGAGGAAGCUCGUUCUUACUUUGAUUUGAUGGUGAGAGAGUAUGGAGUCGAGCGUGAAAUCGAGCAUUACGGCUGCUUAGUCGAUGCCUUGUGCAGGACGGGACAGCUUCAAGAGGCGAAAACGAUGAUUGAGAAAAUGCCGGUGAGGCCGAAUAAAGUGAUUUGGAUGAGUCUGUUACGUGGAGCUAAGAAGUCUGUUGAUGUAGAGAUUGGUGAAUACGCGGCUCAUCGGCUUGUGGAUUUGGCUCCGGAGAGUUAUGUUCCUCUGUCGAAUCUGUACGCAGCUGCAGGGAAAUGGGAGAGAGUUUCGGAAGUGAGAGAGAUGAUGAAGAAGAAAGGGAUCAAGAAAGAAGCAGGAUGGAGUUUGAUAGAGCGUGAAGGUGUGAUUCACAGGUUUAUUGUAGGAGACAGGUCGCAUCGAGAGACAGAGGAGAUAUAUGUGAAGAUGAAGGAGAUGAGAGAAAAGCUGAGAGAAGCAGGACACGUUGCGGAUACUAGACAGGUUCUGUUGCGGAUUGAGGAAGAGAAAGAUAAAGAAGCUGAAUUGGAGUUGCAUAGUGAGAGAUUGGCUAUAGCUUACGGACUGAUCAGCAGCAAGAGCAAGAACGGGAAGAGUCCGAUAAGGGUUGUGAAGAAUCUUACGGUGUGUAACGAUUGCCAUUCUGUGACUAAGUUGCUGUCGCGUAUCUAUCAACGAGACAUCAUUGUGAGAGACAACAGUAGAUUCCAUCAUUUCAGAGACGGGUCUUGUUCUUGCAAUGACUUCUGGUGA